AUGGUUUUAGGGCUUAAGAUUAAGGGACUUGAGAGAAAAAAUGUUCUGUUCUUUGAGUUCGUUUCUACUGGCUAUGGCGUAUCAAAUACUCAGGGCCCCAGGUCUGGCACGUCUCUGUACAGCGUCCUUGUGAAUUGUGGUCGAGGUGGCUCCUAUCUGGCCAGUGGGAAGCUGGUUUCACCAAAAUGGAAAAAUUUUAAAGGCUUGAAACUUCAGUGGAGAGAUAAAAUUCGUCUCAAUAACGCCAUCUGGAGGGCAUGGUACAUGCAGUAUCUGGAGAAGCGCAAGAAUCCAGUGUGCCAUUUUGUGACUCCACUGGAUGGCUCUGUUGAUGUAGAUGAACAUCGUCGGCCAGAAGCCAUUGCAACAGAAGGGAAAUACUGGAAACGAAGAAUUGAAAUAGUCAUCAGGGAAUAUCACAAGUGGAGAACCUACUUCAAGAAAAGGUUACAGAAACACAAAGAUGAAGAUCUUUCAAGUUUGGUCAGGGAUGAUGAUGUGGUGCUCUGGCAAAAAAGAAGGUAUGGCAGAGAAACCCCAGUCCCCAUGGAGGAAGGCUCCCUCUUGGAUGCAGAUAUGCUUAUGUCUGAGUUCACCGACACACUCUUCUCCACGCUGUCUUCACAUCAGCUGGUUUCCUGGCCAAAUCCCAGAGAGAUAGCACACUUAGGAAAUGCUGACAUGAUUCAACCGGGGCUUAUUCCUCUCCAGCCAAAUUUUGAUUUCAUGGAUACUUUUGAGCCUUUUCAGGAUUUGUUCACAUCCAGUCGUUCCAGUAAUUAUUUCCCUUCUGUGUCUGCUGUCAGUUCUGCUACAACAGACAGCAGCAGCCAUUCUUCUCAGUCUCCUGUCCUGCCGUCAGGUUCAUUACCCAGCACACUUCCAGCGGGGAACCUCAGUGAUGGACUGAUUGCUUCCUCAGUACCUGCUCCUGUCCUUCCUGAUGUUGGCACUGACCAGUGCUCCAGCAUUAGAAGUGGGGGAUCUUUCAUCCAGCCAGCGGACUUCACUCCUGACUCGUCUCUCAGUGGGCCACAACCUUUUGUCCCAGUGUUUCAAACUCCUCUGCCGCUGCUUCAACCUGCGACCCCACAGCACCAGUCUCCGUUGCCUGCAGUGCCUCUGAAUACUAGCUUAAGCUCUCCACCAUCUGCUUUUGCUGCCCCGGAAACCCAGAAGUUUGGCCUCUGUGAAUCUACAGUUAUCACCCACACAGCUUCCGCUACGCUGACCCACAAUGCCCCUGCCACCACCUUCAGCCAGAGCCAGAACCUUGUCCUGGCAACGCAGCAGCCAGGAGCAGGAGUGCCUUGUAACCUGGCUUUCCAGACUGCUGUCCUGCAGGGGCAGCCCCGGCCCCAGCUUCAGUCCCAGCUGACUUUUGCACUCCCUAAAGCUGUUCCCCUGGCCAGUGCGGGGACAAGGCCCAAACAGUCACAAAAAAUAGUGCCUGCUCCAAAGCCUGAAACAGUGUCCUUAGUGUUAAAGAAUGCCUUCAUCACCCCAGCUGCCUUUCAGGGACAGUCCAGAGCUGUGAUUGUAACUCCAGCACCUUUAAAAAGAGAGGGGAUUUUGACUCCAGCCAUGUCUCAGUCUAAUGUUGCAAUUGCACCAGCUGGAAUUGCCAGAGCUCCGGGGGUGACGGAGUUCCGCAGUAACAUUCUGGUUGGUCCAGCACAGCAAGUGCCGAGUAGCCAACAAACCCAGUCCACUGUCUCGCACCUCUUCUCUCCAAGCGUAGUCCAGGAUGUGUUGGUGAAAAGAGAGCAUAUCCCGUCCCACAGUAGCAGUUCGCAAGUUCCCUCGCCUACACCUAGCCGAGACUGUCAGAAUUCGGGCCAAGCUUCCCCCUGCACUUCCGAGCAGAGCCCCAGUCCGCAGUCUCCCCAGAACAGCUGCUCAGGAAAACCUGCCACUGACCCUCAGAUAGUUGCAUUUAAGAAUCGAAGAAUGAAGCAUAUUUCAGCCGAACAAAAACGAAGAUUUAAUAUCAAGAUUGGUUUCAGUACUUUGAACAGCUUGGUUUCAGCCAACUCCAAGUCGAUCAGCCAUGCAAUCACUCUCCAGAAAACAGUAGAAUAUAUCGCUAAACUACAGCAGGAAAGAACACAGAUGCAAGAGGAAACCAGGCGCCUUCGGGAAGAAAUCGAGGAGCUAAACGCUACCAUCAUUUCCUGUCAACAGCAGCUCCCUGCUACAGGGGUUCCCAUAACACGGCAAAGAUUUGAUCACAUGAGGAGUAUGUUCAAUGAGUACGUCAGAAACAGGACCCUCCAGAAUUGGAAGUUUUGGAUUUUCAGCAUUAUUAUUAAGCCAUUGUUUGAGUCCUUCAAUGGGAUGGUUUCCACAACAAGCCUUAAGGAUCUGAAUCAAACUGCAAUGGCCUGGUUGGAUCAACACUGUUCUCUUCCUGUUCUGAGGCCAAUGGUGCUGAACACUCUUCGGCAUCUAAGUACAACCACCUCAAUUCUGUCGGACCCGUCGCGCCUGCCAGAGCAAGCCACUGAGGCCAUUAACAAGAUGAACAAAAUGGCUGGUGAAACCUAACAACCAAAGACAAUGAGUUGCUUAUACAAGGUGUGGAGAACCUGCCAGUCUAAGCAGCCUGGUGAGUCUCCUUUCAGCUGGUGCACUUUAGAAAGAAUUCUCUCCAUCCAAGACAUGGUCCAGGGCAUCUGACUCUGCCUUCGGAAUAUGUGGAAGUAUGAUGCAACAUUGUCAUAACGUUUUGAUUCCUCUUCAGUGCUGUGCUCUACUCCGUUAAGUGAGAACACCAAGCUCAGGUAAAUUAAGCAGGUUUGAGUCCUGCAGGCAGCAAUAUAUCUCCAUCAAUGCAGCAUGCAUCUAUAUGCCACAAACAUCUUUCUAUAAAGCAGCUUCAAGUACUAAGUUCUCCGAAGUGUAAAACUUGUACACCAAGGAGUGGUCUCUUAAAGGGGAAAUACGCUUUUGGUUUCAUGAAACAAAAUGUGCUUUUUAUUUUAUUUUCAGGUGUCCAGUUCCAUUUGUUUUACUUGAACAGUAAAAAUUGUUAAACAGGAUCAUAUUAAAAACCAAAGGAGAAGAAAAGUCCAUCAGUGAUGUCAACUCAUGACAAAAUGCUAGAAUUAAAAUCUCAGGCUGUGUAUUGUGUAUUUUUAUUUUAGAGUAUAUCAUUUGCAUAUGAUCAGUUUCGAGACACGCUUUAUUUCCUAGCAAAUGAAGUAGCUGAUUUUUAUUAUUUUUCCUGAUUUAGCCAUUGCAAAUGAGUAGCAGGCUGUGCAGUAAGUGCAAGAGAGCAGUUUUAGUUUCCAUAGAUUCUGCAAUUAUAAUAGAAAGAAGAAAUUCAUACCCCAUUUAUCUCUAAACUCUUUUCUUGCACUCUGCAGAGCUGAGCUGCCUUCCUCAUAAAACGUGCACGUAUAAAACACAUCCAUAGAUAAAUGUAGUAACGCUUCAGAGACAGGAAUUGAGUUUGUAAUGGCAGGAAAUUGGCUUUUAUGUUUUCUCAGAAAUUGUAUCAAACCACAUGGACUUUUAAUCUAUUUUUAAUUUCUUUGUCUUUUUUUGCAUAUUCUUUCUACUUUCUAGCUGAAAAACCUGAAGGACUUAGCCAAAGUUGUUUGUCUGCAGUAGGAAGGUUAUGUUCAACACCAAUUUUAAAACACAUCUCAUUUAAAAUCUGAAAUAUUGCAUAACAGUUUUCUGUGACAGUCUCAGCUAAUACCACCCAUUGCUGCAGAUGAGCUUGGUCUCAUUACAGCAGUGGCAGUGUGUCCAUCAUUGAACAGCACUAGGAUAUUCAUUCAAGCCAGUCGUUCAUGCUCUGGGCUGGAAUGAUCCUAUGACCCUUGUAGUUCCACUCCUUACUUGAUUGUGAUUCUUAGGAGCUAUGCAAACUGUGGAUAACGCUGUCCCGGUACCUCCCGUGAGUAGUUUUCUUCCAGUUUCAAAAGCAGGCUGUCUGGAGGUGAUUAGGAGGUUGUCACAGUGCUAAAAUGAGCAAGAACCAAAACAUACGGCCAUUGCACGUUCCGAAAUGGGGUCAGUAGGUUCCCUUGCUGGGAUGUAGUUCUGUGCUGCAGUGUCCCAAAUCUUCUCCGCUUGACAGACUAAAUCAAAAAGCAACAAUAGUUUUGGAGAGUGGGGGGAGUAUUUUCCUUUCUUCCUUGUACUGAGAUGAGGCAGAUACUGGUUUUCAUUGCAGAGUUCACUUGUGUGUGAGCAGGGCCUGUAGCAAGAAGACCGCGUGAAGGGUUAGCCCCUGGGAACUGCUGCUUGCUGAGUGGAGGGACUGGGAGUUGGGGGCUGAAGGGGGCUGCUGAGGGUGGAAGGAACCUAAGGGAGACGAACAAAAUGGCAUGACCGAAGCACCACCGUGCCUUUCUGCAGCUGUGCAGAAAAGCGAGGAGAUGCUCUGCUCUGGCGCUUGCACCAGAUCUCACAAAUCAUUUGGUAUUUGUGCCACGUAUGAUAAACCUGUGUCCCUGGGACACAACCAGCAAAAAUAUGGGCCUCAGCUAAGGAAUGGUUUGUUGGGAUAGUGUGUAAAGAUUGUCAUAGUUAUUAAACAGUGACUUCUAGGGGGAUCCGUAUCCAGGUGUUUCAUGCAUAAUAUUUUAGUAAAAUGAGCAAUAUUCUUUGGGAUGCAUCUGCAAUUUUUUUUUCAUUUUCCCUUCUCUUUGUUAUCAGUGCUUUAGUUCUCCUACUGUUUUUAUUGCUGACCUUGAACUUGAUUCCAAUAAAGCCUGUUAACACUGUGAUUAGCUGGGGCAUGUCCCUCAAGUUUUUCUUUACUGGGCUAUCUCGCUGAGAUGCGUAGAUAUCUACGUGCAUAUUUGCACGUUAAAAAUAUGUACCCUGUUUUAUAGAAAGAGAUGAGUAGGCAAAUUGCCCAGGAACAGAUCCACCUGUGUUUUUGCUGUAUGUCUAAGAUGAACACGUUCUGAAAUACCUUCUCUGUGCAGCCUCCUGCUUGUCCUGUAAGAAUUGUGCCCGGUUCUUACCGUGUUCUUAGCCAUGUGUUACUGUGCUGCAGCUGAGGUUGCACUAGCAUCUGUGAAAUUAGAUCAAAAUGUUUUCUCAGAAGCAAAGUGUGCUCCAGGCAUGCUUCAAAGCCCAGGGAAGCCUGCUGACUUCUAAGCUUAGAUCCCAGCAUCUCGGAUCUCCCUGAAUGUGUUGGAAGCUGAAAGGGACCUUAAAGGAACAGGAAGGGGUAGUAUGAUAGAGCUGCUUAAAAUUUUGCUCGUUAACGGUUUUGAUCUGGAAGUGGAUGGAAAAAUCAUUGUGCUCGUUGCACCGUGAGCUAGUUACACUUGGAGGGGAAGCGCUUACUUUAAUAACUUGUGUUGGAGAAACAAGCUCACGGCGCGUCUUUUCUAAUGAAGAUUUGUGGCCUUUUAGGAGAAAAAUUAAAUCAAAGAUUGCUUAGUUAGGCAAGAAGGGAAGAAAGUGUAGGAGGGGAGGCAAGAUAAAGUGAAAAGAUACUUUCCACGUAGGGCAUUUCCCAGAAGUGAUUUGGCUUCUCUUUGAAGCAGUGAUUCAGUGUGUUUUUGCCAUACUUUUACAAAUCAGAAUUCUCUUCCCUCACUGGUCAAUCCUGGGUGAUGUCACUUCAUUAGAAAACACAGGAGGAGAAGGUAUACUAUGUCUCACCUCUGCACUGUGCUAAGGAUUGCUAUGGGGUAUGAAAAGAAAUCGGCCACAUAUGUACUAAUUCCUGUCUUGAUUUAUGCUUUGUUGUGUAUUUGAACUCCUUAGUGUAUUUCUUCCCUACUCAUUGAGGAGUUUAAAUAAUAUAUUUCUUUAAAAAAUGCUUGGUACCACUUUGUCCCUAAUUUAAGCAGUCUGAUUUCCUCUGUCUCACCAAAGUAUACUUAUGCAAACAAAACACACUGUGCCUCUAGUCUAGAGAGAAUUUCAGGUGACACACAUCUAUCUCCAGUGGAUUGGUGCUGGACUUUUAAAGAAACACCAUAUAAUCCAACAGAAGUUAUAUUCAGUCCAAUCCAAUUCACUUGGCUCAAUGAAGGAGUGGUUGGAUGAAAUAUUAUGAGCUGUGAUACACGUAAGGUCAAUUUGGGAUUGUCUCAUGGUUCCUUCUGGUCUUGAAUUCUGUUAAUAUAUAGUAGAUGCACCCCCCACACACACACUGUUCUAGAGAACUUGUGCGUUAUCUGGUGUAGUUACCUUAGACGUGUGUGGUGCCUGUUAGCAGGAGAAACACAGAGUGAAAAACUGAAUCCAGGAGCAAGCUAAAAUUGAGGGAAUUAAAUGAGUAGUAGGGAUGGAAACAAGUCCAUGCUUUAUCCUGACAGUUUGAUCUCUGCACAAAAUCAGAGGAUUCUUGGUUAAUACUGAUUGACCCCAUGGGCAAGUUCUUCCAUGCUUUGCCAGACUCCUAGGGAAGCCUUCCUUGAAGGGAAACUUACUGGAACGUUUCCAUCUGUGCCUUACAUCUUGUGGUCCUGUGCACAUCUGAUGUGUCUUGAGUCAGACAUUCUUUCCCGUAAUAUGAUGCUAUGUGGAAAAUUCAGUGAAAUGACAAAGUGGGGCUUCCCUGGGUUUUGAGAGUAUGUUUUAUUUGCAUGGCAUUACUGUGAUUCUUUAAAACUGAGGUUGCAAAAAUUGUAUGAUUAUGGAAAAAGUGGCGUCUUUCCUGCUAACUUCACCAUAUUCUUCCCCUCCCAUGUACACAUGUGAGUGCUUGUGCGUGCGCGCACACACACACACACACAC